AGUGCCGCGGGGCCGCCAGCCAGCCGCACGCCUCGGCGUCAGGGGCAUGGAGGAGCGGCGGGCUCGGAGCCGCGCCCCGGAGUCCCCGAAACUUCCGAGCGGGCGCCAGUCCGCGCCGCUGCCGCCGCCGCUUCGCCUGCCGGCCUGAGAGCGGGACCAUGGAUGAAAGGUUCAACAAGUGGCUGCUGACGCCGGUGCUCACUCUCCUCUUCGUGGUCAUCAUGUACCAGUACGUGUCCCCCUCCUGCACCAGCUCCUGCGCCAACUUCGGGGAGCAGCCCCGCGCGGGAGAGGCCGGCCAGCCCGCCGCCCCGAGUCCCGCCCGACGGGCACAGGCGCCGCCCGAGGAGUGGGAGCGGCGGCCCCAGUUGCCCCCGCCACCCCGAGGGCCGCCUGAGGGGCCUCAGGGGGCCGUGGCGCCAGAGGACGAGGACGAGGAGCUCGGGGAGCCGGAGGAGGAAGAAGAGGAGGAGGAAGAGGAGCCGGACCCCGAGGCCCCCGAGAAUGGCUCCCUGCCCCGGUUCGUGCCGCGCUUUAACUUCACCCUGAAGGACCUGACCCGCUUCGUGGAUUUCAAUAUCAAAGGGCGCGACGUGAUCGUGUUCCUGCACAUCCAGAAGACCGGGGGCACCACGUUCGGCCGGCACCUGGUGAAGAACAUCCGGCUGGAGCAGCCGUGUAGCUGCAAAGCGGGUCAGAAGAAGUGCACCUGCCACCGGCCGGGCAAGAAGGAGACGUGGCUUUUCUCCCGCUUCUCCACAGGCUGGAGCUGCGGGCUGCACGCCGACUGGACGGAGCUCACCAACUGCGUGCCGGCCAUCAUGGAGAAGAAGGACUGUCCCCGCAAUCACAGCCACACCAGGAAUUUCUAUUACAUCACCAUGUUACGGGACCCGGUGUCACGCUACCUGAGCGAAUGGAAACAUGUCCAGAGAGGGGCCACGUGGAAAACCUCCCUCCACAUGUGUGAUGGGAGAAGCCCCACCCCCGAUGAGCUGCCCACCUGCUACCCCGGGGACGACUGGUCUGGGGUCAGCUUGCGGGAGUUCAUGGACUGCACGUACAACCUGGCCAACAACCGCCAGGUGCGCAUGUUGGCCGACCUCAGCCUGGUGGGCUGCUACAACUUGACUUUCAUGAAUGAGAGCGAGAGGAACACCAUCCUGCUGCAGAGCGCGAAGAACAACCUGAAGAACAUGGCCUUCUUCGGGCUCACGGAAUUCCAGAGGAAGACACAGUUUCUGUUCGAGAGGACAUUCAACCUCAAGUUUAUCUCCCCCUUCACGCAGUUCAACAUCACACGGGCUUCCAACGUGGACAUCAACGAGGGCGCCCGCCAGCGCAUCGAGGAGCUCAACUUCCUGGACAUGCAGCUUUACGAGUACGCAAAAGAUCUCUUCCAGCAGCGCUACCACCACACUAAGCAGCUAGAGCACCAGAGGGACCGGCAAAAGAGGCGGGAGGAGCGCAGGCUGCAGCGGGAGCAUAGGGGCCACCGGUGGCCCAAAGAGGAUGGGAACACAGAGGGGGCAGUCACUGAGGACUACAACAGCCAGGUGGUGAGAUGGUGACCCCCUGCCCUCUCCUUCCUCAGGAGGGGGAGGACGAGCAGGCGCACUGACCUCCUGUGUCGCUGGUUACCGUGGAGGCUGAUGGGCCGUUCUGAGGACAUCUGGCUGUAUGUGGCUUGAUUCGGACACCUGCUUCCUCUUUGUCUUCAUUCUCAUCCAGCUGGAGAUGAUCUGUCUUCUUCUUUUUUGUUCCCUGACAUUUUUUGAUCCGUGAUAUUAAGUAGGGUAGGCAUGCAUCCAGCAGAGACGUCCUUAGGAGGUCAAGGAGAGAAGCACCAGAAAGGAAACGGUUCUUGAAGAUAUCCUUUGCAGCACCACGGGAACCCACAGAGACACACAUGAAAAGCCAAAUUAUGGCUUGGAUAUUCUGCUGAAACUGGUCUGUUUCACACUGUCUCUAUAAUGGAAAUAUUGGUCUGUCCAGAGAGAGAGAGAGAGAAAGAAGUCCCUCUCAGCCCUUAGAUGAGGUUUUAUGCCAACGCUCACUUAGCUGUUGGCUCUCAUCUUGAACCCUGUUUGAAUGUGGUUUAAGUCAUAAGUAGCAGUGUUUUGUUGUGGUGGUUGUUUUUAAACAAGAUUACCCUACUAUUGACCAUCACUAGAGACCCACACCCCACAAAGCCCCUGCAUCUUAGCCCGUAGCCAUGCCUCCUCCCCCAUAAAUUUAGGGAACAGCUAGUGGAAUCAGGACAGGUGUGCCUGGCCCCUGAGAAAUGAACCAUUGGUAGGGGCAUUUAGGAGAAAAUGUGCUUAUUAACUAAAGCCUGGGGAGAUCACGCUUCACCGAUUUUAUUUUCAUUCAAAAAGAACUGACUGCUAAAUUAAGCGGGGGCGGGGGGGGGGAGCAGGAUGACUCUAUGAUGUCUCACGUUUCCAAACGGGCUACAGAACUCUUAGCUCUUUUCGGGGAUAUAUUUCUGUUUUACCUCCUUGGAGCAGUUGUCUUCUUUGAUAUGGUACUGCCAAGUUUGAAAUUCUGUUAUCACAGAGGCAAAGAUGUGUAGAAAGAAUUUGGCCUGGAGAUUAGUUUAGCUGGCCCGUAUGCGAAAGAUCUUCAGGGUCACUAAACAAAUGAUAACUGAUUUAGGCCAGGAGACACGGAACUCAAUGGGCCGGUUGUCCCAGGAGUUUAGACAGACUCUCCCUCCCAACACCUUGAAUAUCUCCAGCCUGGUAACUUCUCCCCACGUGAUCUUCGCCUGUGUUUCAACUGCGGCUGUAGCUGGCAGCUCGGGCCGGGGUACAUAAAGCAGGAUGGGGAAAUGUGCCUCAUUGCCAGUUGCUUCUUACUUUCAAUUUUCCCCAGUCACGACUACAAGAACACAUCUGUUGGAGAAUCAGGGGAGAAGUAUGGAAAAGGGAAUAGAAAGGCCUCGCCUGGCAUUCAGUAGCAGGAUCAGAGUGGGUAGAAAGUUUCACAACAUUGAUCUGAUCAAUCCUUUCAAGGAGCUCAAGGCAAAAUGAGUGAAACCCCUAAAUCAGAUUGAAAAGCCUAUUUCAUUGAUAUCUAGCAUGUUUGAUGUUUAAGCCAGCUUUACAUAAGCCACAUCGUAGCCUCCAGAAUACUCUCACUGGGGUUGAGAGUCAAUCAACCCACAAGCAUUCAUGGAGUGCCUGCCAGCUCAGAGGGGAGCCCAGUGUCUCCAUCAGAGAGAGAUUUAGAGAAGCGGCUUUGAUUCUUUUCUCACUACCUUGGCUUCAUCUGUCAUGUGAGGGAAGACAUUCUAGGGGACCUCCCUUGGGUCACUUACUGUGGGAGGCCCUACUCAUACCUUAAAUCUAUUCACAGCAAGGUAGAUGUUAUUAGGCCCAAUUAGUAGAUAAGAAAAGUGAAACUCACAGACAAUAGGGAGCUUAUGCUAGGAUCAUAUGCUGGAUCAUAUGCUAGGUCUGGCCGACUGCGGAGUACAAGCUCUUUGGACUCCAUCAUGUUUUCCAUGUGGGACAAAAGCUUCCUGCCAAUCAUGAAAGAAGCCAGCUAUUAGAGCCUGGAAGGAUUUGCCGCUAACCCCUGCGCGUGGCCCAAAGGUGAUGGCCCCGAGCCGGCAGUGACCCAGAGCCAUGAUGCCUUGGGCGAGUCCAGCCCUCUCCACCUCCCUGACCCACCAACAAGCUGAGAGAUUGAUGAUUUUUUAGGCACUUGUACUUUUUGUGACCUGUAUGUUAAGGGGACCAAGUCAAUAUUGCGUGUUUAGUUGGUAGAAAUUAGACUCACAAAAAUAUUAGCGUUUCCCUUACUGCUGAUUUGUUCAUGAAGUUGAGAGGGAAGAGGAUUACAGCUACAAUUAAUGAGCAGCUCUCUCGCUCUCUCUUUGCAUUUCGAUGUUAAGAUCUCAUGUUCUGCCUAGAAUGGCAGGGCUGCAAAUUAUCCUUCAGCCUGCCACUGUGACACACACACACACAUGCACACACACAAUAACAAUCCAGUGUGUUGUCAUGUGGAAAAUCAAAACAAGUUAGAAAGCAUUCGGAUUGUUUCUUUUCAACUCACUUUAAAUUUUUUGGCAGGGAAUUCAUGCAUAGCUGAGACUUGGAGGCAGGCUCUCCUAACUUCACACUAUUCCUUAGGCACCUCGGGAUUUAUACCAAAGUCUUUCCUUGGCCUGCCGCUGAAGGCGUGAUGUAUGGAGCUCCACUUGAGACCAGAUAUCGGGAUGUUCAGAGGAGAAACCAUCUCUUUGUGUUGGCCCGAGGCCAGUGCUGAGCAAAUUAAAAAGACCGACACGGGCUUCCUCCCUCAUAUCAUUUCAUUCGAAAGCAGCACGCUUGUCAUAUCCCUGGGGUCCUAUGUUGAUAGAAAUGAAGAGGUAGGGACACAGUUUGUUCUUCAAAAAUUGACUGCACACCUACAUGCUGAGUGAUGCUCAGAGAAGAGAUGCCAACAGAAGACAUCUGGGCCUUGGGAUCCAUGGGGACUCGGCAGCUUUCAGAUCCAAAACCCAAUCAAUUCCAGAUACAUUGGUGUUAAAAGCCCAAGAGGAGGAGGAAAAAUUUCCCCAGGGACUUCCACAUCCCACUGACUCCUACAACUCCCAGAUAGACAUUCCUUCCCUUCUCUUGACAGGGGCAGCCCCAGAUUGGGUUGGGGUGACCUUGUGUUCAUAUUUAUGUGUGUGUUUUAAUUAUCAUCACAGACUGAGGUACAUACUAUCUCUUUUGUCUCCUUCUAACUUUUUGGCAGCCUACUCUUGGUAACCAGAGAAAACCUGCCCCAAGAAUUCUUUGGAUACUCUUUCUAAUAACUAAAAACAUUAGCAGUCAGUGUUGGGCAGCAGCUAAGGAUAUGAUGUGUGCUAUGUGUUUCUUAUCAUCUCAAGGAGAUAACUUUUUCAUAGUUUAAUCAAGGGUUUGAAAUAUGAGGACUUGUUCAAAAGUCUGAGUAGAGAUAGUAUUUAUAUGGGGAAGAAAGUCUACCAGAGGGAGACCUGGCAAGGAGAUGAGCAUAGAUCAUUAAAAAACAAACAUUAAAUCCAUAGGAUAGGAUUCCCAUUUGGCCACUUUAAGGGAGAAACUCAAAAACAUAGUGACUUCAAUGAGAUCAAAGCCAUUGUCCUCUCACUUAAAAGGCAAACUGGUUGGAUAGCGCUGGUGAGUGAAGUUAAAGAGUUAAAGAAGCCCAGGCCCCCUCCUGUUGCUCUUUCAUAGUAACAUGUGCCUUCCAUCCUCAUGGUCCAUAGUGACUGCUGAGGCUCCUGCCAUCUCAUUUGUAUUUCAGCAGAGAGGACGUGGAAAAAAGUUGCAGAUAUCACUUCCACUCACAUCUCAUGGGCUAGAACCUAGUCAUUAGCUACAAGUAAAUGCAAAGGAGGCCAGGAAAUGUCUUCACUAUGGGUUGCCAUGUGCCUUGAUAAAUGGGGGGGAGGGUUCUAUUAUUAAAUAAAGAAUGUGAAAAUGAAUACUGAUAAAACUAUCAGUCUCUGACACAAAAGGGAAUUGAAAAAUAUUUCAAGUCUUUUUCACAGUUAUCUAUUUCGUCAUACGUUUUGCAAAGGAGAAGAUUAAAAUUCAUAACUUUGUAUAGUACUUAAUUCUUUCAAAACAUUUGUACAUUUAGUAUCCCAUUUGAUCUUCUCUACUUUCUCGUAUGUUAGAUACAUAGGACCUCUAUUCAUUAUCCCAUCUGGUAGUUUCCAAUGGAGAUUCAGGGAUGUUAAAAGAUUUCUCAAUUCAAGUUUAUCAACAAGAAAGUUGCUGAGAGCCCCAGUCUUGACUUCAUAGCCUUCCCUAUGACUUUAUGCUGCCCAGCAACAGUAUCAGGAUUGGGAAUUGCAAGAAUAUGAAAUCUAAGUCUUUAUUGAUUUAUGUCUUUCCUUACCUUCUUGUAGAACAGCAGUGACUUAGAAGAUGCCAAGGAGACUGGUAGAGUUGGCUCACAAGCCCUACCUCCAGGGAGGAAUCAUCUCAUUAGGAGUGAAACGUCCAAGAGACGGGCAGGGUUUCAGGGGAGACUGAGAAGCACAGACAUUCAAACUCCUCAUGCUGGCUUUCACCCCAGCCAAUCCCAAACCGAUUCAAGAUGAAGGCUGAGGGAGUGUGCUCACAACUCCUUAGGGAAGCUCAGUGUCAGAAAUAUCUCGAAUCAGUCACAGCCUGAAUAGUGAGGUGUAAGGGAUGAUCAGUAGAACCCCUGCUCAAAAAAAAAAAAAAAAAAAAAAAAAAAAUCUCCCUUCCUCCCUACUUCUUCCCCAGGUCUCUGGAAUUUUAUCAGCAACUUGCUGCUUUGGUUCUUAAAGGUUUUAUUUGGUGUUAAAUGAGUCCCUUGGCACCCUGCACAUUUGCCGGAGAGGGGAAACACAGCAGUUGCUGUCAUAAGCUAACAUCUUCACACAGAGUUUAUCGGAUUCCUCUCCAACCAUGACCUCUAGCUGAGAAGAAAGUCCUGUAUAAUGGGAUCGUGCAGGGGCGGGGGUUAGGGAGAGUUGGGGUAAUUAGAGAGGAAAGUAGGGCUCCUAAAAGGGAAGCAGGUCUUUCAAAGGUGGAAAGAUGAGGAGUUAAAUAGGUGCCAGGAAAUACUGAAAGACAGAAAAAAUGCCGUACGUUUUCCGUCCUCAAGAGCAAGGGCAGACUGGAGACAUGUGGACUGUAAUUCUUUGGGCCGUUUCAAAGAACUGACAAGGGCACGAGGCUCAUGAAACAGGACCAGGGCAUUGGCAGCGUUUUAGGGACUGAAGUAAAGGCUGAAUGAGUUAGCUGGGGCGGACCCAAGGGAAAGCUGGAGCGGACUGAGGCAAAGGAUACCCUAGUCUGAUCAUGGCUCUGUCUUCAGGCUUUCCUUUCCCGUAAUCAGUGUGCCUCCACUGGUCAUCAGAACUCCAGCUGAACGUCUCGCAGCUGGGUCACCGGGGCGGGGGGAGUCUGAGGACUCCUCCCAGCCGGGGCCCCUCUGGGGAGCAUACAAGGCUUCCUUCUCCAAGUCCCCUCCCUUCGCCCCCUCCUCCAUUCUCUACGGGACAGAAUCCUGCUACGCUGUCACCACGUGCACCUGGACACAUCCGAACUGAUUCCCUACAACUUGGAAUGAGCCCCUCUGGGCAAGUGGGCGCGUUCUGAGACCUGUGUGUUUUGUAGCCUCCUGGAUGGAAGCCCAUGGACCCAUCGGCACCGCACAUGGACGGAACCAACCUGCCUUGCGGAAGGCUGAGAUUUCUGGAGGACACCAGCAACAUCUGCAAGACAAAAGCCCUGGGACUUCCAGGCAGGGGCUGGAGGUAACCUAACAACUCCGGAUCUGAAAACGCCAAAGCAUGGGUGUUUCUUAAGCCUGUGUUCUAAGCUGUCUAUGGAAAAGACUGCAACUGACUGUCAUCCUUCGACGCAGGAAGUCGAGCCUCUGCGCGUUACAUGUUCUGCUGCUCUGUGGGAACUCAUCAAAGGGCCAGAUGUCAGCGCUGAAAAACCUCAGUUCUUGCCGGGGAAAACCGUGUUCGAAGGAAGCAGUUUGUGUGAUUUACUUAUCGCCUUUUUUUGCCUCCCACCAACCUCUUACUUUUUUAAUUUCUUAUGUUUUUAAUCAUAUGGCUGUCUUUUCUUUCCUUUCCUUCUUUUGUGUGUGUGCGUGUGUGUGUGUGUUUGUCCCCCUGGAAGAACUUUCUGGGCUUCAUUUGCAUUAUUUUUCAUUUAAUGUAUCAAAGAUGAAACAUGUUGGAAAGAAAAAUCUAGACUUUUAUCUGGUGCCCCAUUUUAGAUGUAAAGAUAGUUAUUCAAUAGAUAGUAAGUUAUUUCACCUAAGAGAUAUUUCCUUUUGUUUCUGUGCAAUAAUAUGUAUGAACUCGGGUACUAGGAGAUUGUAUUGUGACAUUAUCAACCCUUAUUGCUAUUUAAAAAACGAUAGUUUGUAGAACUGAGGAUCUCCAUUGAUGUGAAGCACAAUUUAAUGAAUAAGUUAACAUAUUAAACUGUUGUGAUG